UUUUGUAGGGCCACAAUCUCGAAAUACUGUAUGAUCGGGUUUUACAAUAUCCAGAUCGAGUUGAAAACUUGUACUUUGCAUUCCUCUUUGUUCUCCGAGCUGUGACAAAGGCAGCUGAGUACUUGGAACAAGCUGAAUAUGAUACAGGUAAUCCAACCGACGACCUAAGGACGCAAUCCCUAAUGAAGAAUUUACUUUAUAAUCCAAAAUUGCAAGCAGCAUGCCCACUUCCAUUGGAUGAAGCUAAAUUGUGGAAAGGACAGAGAGGACCAGAACUGAAACAUAAAAUACAAGCACAAUUCAAAAAUAUCAGUGCGGUGAUGGACUGUGUAGGGUGCGAAAAAUGUCGACUUUGGGGAAAGCUUCAGGUUUCUGGUCUUGGAACUGCAUUGAAGAUUCUGUUUUCAGUUAAUGGUGAGGAGAACUUGAUUCAGACAUUGCAGAUGCAAAGGAAUGAAGUAAUCGCCCUAAUGAAUCUACUCAAUCGAUUAUGGGAGUCUGUAAAGUUUGUGCAUGAAAAGGGACCGGCAGCCGAAAGACUUGUUGGAGGAAAUAAGCAUUCUUCCAGUAGGUUGAAUAGCCUAGUGCAAAGGAUAUGGGCAUCAGUUUGCAGGUGAUGAUUACAAAAGGAUGAGAAAUUCAACUCCAAAGAAG